AUGCCUCGUAAAUACGUUAGGAAACAUGAAGAGCAUCGUUAUUCGAACGAUAACUUUGAAGCUGCUCUUCAAGAACUGUCUGCUGGAGCACAAAUUCGUGCUACAGCAAAUAGAUACAAUAUUCCUUAUUUAACAUUGCAAGAACAUAAUUCUGUACAAGUGUCUCGUAGAGGCGCCGGAAGAUCGACUCAUUUUACUGAGAUGGAAGAGUCUUAUUUAGUGAAAGCAGUAACUGUCUUACAGCAACUUCGAAAAUGUUUUCUAUUUAUAUUUUGUAUUAAAAGUAAAUUACUCAAUGAUGAUGACAACAAUAGUGAUAAAAAUAUUAAUAAAACAUUAGUUGAGACGGAUAAUAACCCCGUCCAUGAACGAGAAGUUCUAUUAAAUCAUCAUAUAGUUUCAAUAAAUUCAAAGACUCAACAGAGCAAUAUCAGCGUUACUAGUGGAACAUUGGAUCAGGAUGAUAGUCUAUCGGUUAACAUUUUACGAAAUAGUGUAUCAUCAUUAUCAACAAACCGCUCUCCCAUUGAACAACAAUCAACAAAUGAAAAAGAUGAUGUAUCGAUUGAUUUUGAACUCAUUCAAAUAAACGCAAGUAGAAAAACAAAAAAUGAUAGUAUUAACAACAACCUAACAUCUAAUGAUUUACCAUUAGCACAAUCAAUUCCAAAUUUAUAUCUGGAUCAUAUGAUAGCAAAUGAUUCUUUAGUGAAGACGGUAUAUUCAACAACGUCACAAAUAUCAGUGAUGAGUGAAAAAAGUUGUUAUUAA